AUGGUGGUGACUGAAGAAGGAGCUGGUUAUUUAUCUCUGCGACUAGGAAUACUCAAGUUGGAGCCUGUUAAAGUAUUAGUUGAGAAGAACUUUGAGGAAGUUGCUUUUGAUGAAAAAAAGAAUGUCUUUGUGGAAUUUUAUGCUCCCUGGUGUGGUCACUGCAAACAGCUGGCUCCCAUUUGGGAUAAAUUGGGAGAGACUUAUAAGGAUCAUGAAAGUAUAGUCAUUGCCAAGAUGGACUCAAUGGCUAAUGAAGUAGAGGCAGUUAAGGUUCACUGUUUCCCUACAUUAAAGUUCUUCCCUGCAAGUGCUGACAGAACGGUAAUUGAUUACAAUGGAGAGAGAACACUAGAAGGUUUCAAAAAGUUCCUGGAGAGUGGUGGACAAGAUGGGGCAGGGGAUGAUGAAGGUCUAGAAGAUUUAGAAGAAGCUGCAGAGCCACCUAUGGAAGAAGAUGAUGAUCAGACAGCUCCAAAAGAUGAAUUGUAAAGUGGAGAACUAAGUUGACAUAUCCCAAAAAUAAGACACUACAUUAUGUGCUGCUCCAACCAAGCAGCAAAUGCAUCUGGAAACUUGUAACAUUAACAACUGAAGGAGAGUCUUGAUUGAAAAUCCAGGGAUUUUUAAAAAAGUAAUACUUCAUUCUAACAUGUAUGUAAAUUCAAAUGUCCUUCCCUUUUUGCUUUUCAAUUUUUGAAAAGUGAGUUAUCUUUAAUAGCCCAGAUCAUUUGGUAAGCCUCCUGUUCUUUCAGGGGAAGGGGUGGGGUGAUGUAC